AUGAAUCAAGAGAAUAAACCUCCAUCAAAUGAUCUUGAUCAAGAACAACUAUCAUUAGUGACAUUUAGAAAAAAGUUGGAUAAUAAUAAUGAUGAAGAAGAAUCUUCGAUUACACCGAAACGACCAUUACUCUCACGAGAUCGUGGUUCAGAUAGAUUCAUUGAUGUUUCUCCUCUAACUGAUCGCAAUUCUCGUCCUGAACAAAUCAUACGAGCACCUUUACCAGCAUCACCUUUAUCAGCAACUAAACAUGAACAAUCACCACUAUCAUCUAGUGUCGUUGAAAAUUGUAUGUUUAUUAUAAGUCCUCCACAACCAAAUCGAACAACAAUUCUUGAUGAUGAUGAUCAAUCCUAUGUACCAGCUUAUAUACAAAGAAAAGCUAAACCAGCACCAUCAACUACUUGGAAAACAACUUAUCCAAUGCAUAAACUAUCUUCAACAAUGAAAACAAAUACUGAAACAUCAAUAUCUAUUCCAGAUAUCCGUCCAACUUCUUCAAUUACUUCAUUUCAACCAGCUAUACGACCACGUAUUUCAUUCAAUCUAACAUCAACAAAUACAAUCGAUAAACAAGCACAUGCAUAUGCACUAUGGUUGAAUAGUAUCUUUACACCUGUUGAAUUUAUGAGUAAUCAAACAGUAUUAAAUGAACCAUCAACAACAACAACAACAACAACAAAAAAUUUAAAAGCAUUAGCUGAAUCAAAUCGUUGGUAUAUAUUACGAGAUCGUGCUCGAGAAGUAUUUACACGUGAUAUACAAUCAAUUGCUGCAAAAAUUAGUGCUGAUAUUGAUACAGAUCAUUGUCGAAUAAAUCCAAAAUCUGAUUUAAAUUUUUCAGCACGAACAGUUAGUCGACAAGCAUUAUUAAAUUUUAUUUCAUCCUAUAAUCGAAUAUGGUUUCGUUUGGCAUUAGAAGUACUUUUUCCAAUUAAUAUUGAAAAUUAUCAACAAAUGAAAUUAUCUAUUGAACAAUAUCUUAUUCAAUCUACGGGUAAUACAUCAUCACCUUCGAACGAUACUAUUAAUUCGAAGAAAAAUAAUAAUAAUAAUAAUAAAACUGCUUCAGCACAAAUUCGUUUAACAAUAAAAAAUUUAAUAUUAAUUAUUAUUUUUCUUGAACGUGCAAAAUUAUUACGUUUAAUCGAUAAUGAUCCAUGUUUAUAUAUACGUGAAUCAAAAUUUAAAUCAACAAAAGAAUCAAUCGAUAUUUUAUCGCGUGAUUUUAUUAGUUCAGAUACAAAUCUUAUACGUCGUCUUAAAUUAGCUGGAUAUGAACCUAUAUAUCGACAAACAUCAUUAGAUGAAUAUAAUUAUUUAAUAACAAAUACUGAAAAUAAAUUAUUCGAUGAUUUAAAAGAUGGUAUACGUUUAACACGUUGUGCACAAAUAUUAUUAUCAUCAAUAAAUGAACAAGUUGCUAAAUUUGAUUUAUCAACAAAGUUAAAAUGUCCUGUUGUUAAUCUUGUUCAUAAAUUACUUAAUAUUGAUCAAGCUUUUGAAUUACUUCAAACAUAUGGACAUGUUAAUUUAACUGGAAUUUCAAAUAAAGAUAUUAUGAAUGGUAAUAAACAACGUACACUUGAAUUACUUUGGCGUAUAUUUAUAACAUCUUAUUUACCAAAACAAUUAUCACCUAUUGAAAAAUUAAAUGAAGAAAUAUCUAUUCUUACAAAAAAUCUAUCGACAUAUAAUUGUCGUUUAAUUGAACAACAACUUUUAACAAAUGAUAUUAUUCCAUUACAAAAACAACAUAUUGAAUUUACACCAUUAAUUCAUUUAUUAAUUAAAUGGGUACAACUUAUAUGUGCACAUUAUAAAUUUUGGUUAUAUGAUUUACAAGAAUCAUUUAUUGAUGGACGCGCAUUUCUUUAUAUUAUUUCGUAUUAUUUACCAUCUCUAUGUGAUUAUUCACGUGAUAUAAAACAUUUAACAACAUUAGCAGUAUGUCAAACACGUGAUGAACAUAUACAAUUUAAUUUAGAACUUGGACAACAACAACAACCACAAUUAGUAAAUACUUAUGAACGAAAUGUCAAAUCAAAUUUUCGUUUAUUAGAAGAAUGUAUUAAACAAUUUGGUACAUUUUCUAAUGAUUUUAUUAAAUAUGAAUCCUAUGCAAAAGAUGUACCUGAUGAACGUUGUACAAUUAUUAUAUUAGCUAUGUUUGCACAUGAUUUACUUUUUUCAAAUAAUAUCGAUAAUAAUAAUGAUAGUGAUGAUUUUCGUCAUCAAAUUAUAUUUGAUGAAUUAAAAGAGAAAUAUUCCAAAGAUGAUGAACCAAUAAUUGAAAUAAAAAAAGAAGAAAUAAAAAAAUAUCAACCAUUGAAUGAACAAGAAGAUGAAACUAUUGAUGAUAAUUUAAUUAAUUCUUGCCAACGAAUAGAAAAUAUUUCUGAAAUAACUAGUAUGGCUUCUGUAUUUGAUGAUAUAAUAAUAACAGAAAAAUCUAUGGAACCAAUUAAACCUUCAAUUUCUUCAACUACGAUUAACUUUUCAAUUGGAAAUUCACCAACAAAACUUCAUCGUCUUCCUAUAAUACAAUCUGUAUCAAUAUUAUCAUCUGAUGAAGAUGAUUCCAAACAAGAAGAAGACGAAGAUGACCAUAAACAGGAAGAAGAAAUAGUUGAUGAAAAACAGGAGGAACAAGAAGAUGACCACAAACCGGGAGAAGAGGGAGAUGAUGAUGAUGAGCACAAACAGGUUGAAGAAGAAGAAGCUACGGAUGAAGAUACAACAAAAGUAACAAUUCUUUCAUCAGGAUCACCAGCAAAACAAGAUUGGUCAUUUGUUGAACCACCUGCUGUUGUCUAUAAUCAAACAUUAUCUGAUUCAUUAUAUGCUUCACUUGAAAUCAUGUUUAAUUGUCAAACACCACCACGAUCACAACCAUCACUUUCUCAAUCCAUAGUUCAUACUAUGAAUCACGAUAUUCUUGAUCAUCUUGAACCAUUACCUGAAUUGAAUGAUGAAAGUGGUGAUGACAAUAAUGACGAUGAUGUUAAUGAUGACGAUUCAUUUAAUUCAGCACGAUCAGGCUUAACAACAAUGAUGGAUCCACGUCGAACAUCAAUUAUAGCACAAGCAACUACACUUUCAUUUCAUGAUUUAGUUGAAUUAGAAAAAGCUGCAGAAACUGAAGGAAUAAAAAAUAAUCCUGAUAAUACAUCAUUAUUUCUUAUUGAUGAAACAACUCCAUCAGAAGCUGAUAGUGUUGAAAUGAAUAAAAUGGAUGAUACUUCUUUUGCUGAUCCAGUGAAUACAAAAAUGAUUAAAGAAACAUUCACACUUUUCUUAGCACAUCAACAACAAACACUUGAAUAUGAAGAAUCACUUGCGCAUAAUAAUGAAUCUCUUGGACAAACACAAAAUGAACAACAUUCUGAAAUUGUAGUUAAAACAGAAGCAGAACGUGAAAUGCAUGCAGUUCAACUUGUUCAGGCUCAUUGGCGUGGUCAUCAAGUGCGUGUCGAAAAUGAACGUAAUAAUCAUCCAGUUGUUGCUAUUCUCGAAAGAAUUCGUACACAUAAUUCAACAAAUAAUUCAUCAAUAACAUUACGUGAACGUAUGAUGCAAAUAGUACAAGAAUAUUCUGAAGCUUCAUCAGCAUCUGUUACUGCUUAUUUACAUUUUUUACGUGAUGUUGAACCUAUUGUUACUUGUUGUCUUGAAAUACGUUAUCUAAUUGCUCAACAAGGUUUAUUAAGAUUAUUUUUUAUAUUAAUGAGAUGUUGUAAUCGAAGUGGACCAUCAGCUGUUUUACUUAGUAAAGUUUUAAGUAUUCUACAAUUAUUUACUGUUAAACGUGGUCUUAUUAUCCCAUUAAUUGAUAAACAUGAACAAAUCAAAGAUUUUAUUAUGCUUUUACUUAAAUAUUAUCAAAAACAUCGUAGUGAAUUAUUCGAACAAAUUUGUUCAUUACUUGAAUCAAUUGUUAAUGAUGAAUGUGCUCGAAAAAUGUUACGAUCAAAUAAAAUGUUUACAGAUGCUAUUGAAUAUGUUUAUAAACGUGUAUUUAAUAAAGCAACAGCUGAAGAUGAAAAAUAUCGACAACAAGUACGAUCAACACCAAAACAAUCAACUGGACCACAAACACGUCGUGCAACAUUAUUAAAUCAAUCAUCAAUACUCUAUCCAACUCCGAAGUUAAUGCGUCCACCAGUCGUUCAAAAUGAAAGUAUUUUCAAAAAAAAUCUUGUUUCAAUGGAAAAAUUUAUGAAAAUUUUCUAUCAUGAUUAA